AUGGAUACUAUCGAAACCUCACUCGCCUUCCCAGAUGACACUCUCCUUUCGCCUGCUCGCAGCAAUAAGCUUCCUCCCCUAGAAGACGAGCCGGGAGCUACCAAGAUGCCUGAGGGCAAGGAGGCAUGCAGCCCCCCCGAGAAAAUCUUCCAUGACUCUCACUCUGAGGAACAAUCGCGCCUGGCAGAGGAAUACGUGAUAGCAAGCGCGUCCAGACCCGGAAACGCCUUGCAGGACCUCGCUGAUCGAUAUCAGCACUCCCUGCAUGCUCGGGAUCUAUGGAAGGUGUUUCUCUCAGUGCGCCCGAUCUCCAUGCUCUUGCUUCUGCGUAUCAACAGGCUCAGCCUUCUGAUCCUGGGAAUCAUCGUGCUCAUCUUCGGGUACCAGGAUGAGAUCUUUCUAUGGAAAUCGGUGCAGGUGGCGGACUACAAGUCUUAUCGGUACUUCAGGUUCACUGCGAUGAUGCUGCGGGACGGAACGAAAUGGCCCAACGUCAAGUCGCCGGGAAUAGCGGGGAUGGGCUUGAUGGUGGAGAACUGCAGGAUGCCGCAUGUCAUCAAGGACGUCAUGAGCAACACGGCUGUGAUAGAGCAACUGCCAGGGGUAUCGCAUGCCGUGAAUGGGUCGACGUACGAGCUGAGCUUUCAAGACUCUGUGCAAUCCAACGGCUUCUACAUCAUCACCAGCAAUCUAUCGACGGAGCUUGACGUGGUAUCUUUCUUCAUCGAGGGCUCGGACGACAGGAAGGACUGGGUCUACAUUGCCUACUCUCGAGUCUGUGGGAGCGUCAGAUCAAACGACAUGUCGACAAUGAACUACCUCAAAAGCAGAAAUGCUCCCAUCUACAACACGCCGAUGAGGCGACUGGAGGUUGUAGACUUCAACUUCCACGACAUGUGGUGUGUAUGGCCAGACUACUCGUCGCUGAUUGCGAGGGUCGUCAUGUUUGCGAGUAUCUUGCUAGGCUUGAUUCUUCUGCACCAUCGCUGCCCGAGAGGCUCGACCAAGGUGAUAGCUUGGGGGAUAGUGCUGACGUCACUGGUUCGCCUUGGAGGGUACGGAGGCUCUACGAUGAACUGGCACAACGACCGGCAAGGCCUGGUCCUGUACCAGACUUUCGGGGAUUUGUUGUUGUUUCCGGCUCCUCUACUUCUGAGUGAGCAUUUCGCUCUCGAGAAAGGACUGAUGGCUGGGAUCUACCAGAUCUUGGUCACAUGGAUCAUUGAUCAGACCAUCAACUCUGCGGCGAUCUUUUUCAUUGUCGUCUUCGUGCUUCUGAUCGGAAACCGCGAGUGGCACUCGUUCCAGGGCAGACAGGUAAUACGCCAAGACGUCGAGCAGUUUGAGCAAGCGUGGAAGGAGCUGACCGAGCUUCCAAGCUUUGCAGAGGAUGUUGAGUGCUUGAAAGCGCAGGUGGCAGCGACGAAGAAGAAGUUCCAGAUCGACAGCUGUCAGGUCCCCGUUCCUCUGCAGUACAGUUGGUCGGAGUCUUUACACAGCUUCAGCCAUCUAUACAACACACAGAACAAGUUCGAGAUCAUCGUCCAAGGAGGCUUUGACAACCUGGAGAGUAAGAGAGAACCAUUCCUCGUCGAGCUUCACAGUCGGAUGCUCUCGAUGUACAUCAACAAGUGCAUGAAGGUGUCGACCCUGGUGGACUCUUUAGAUCAACUCUACGCACAGGCCAAUGCCUUGAAGCCUCUCUUCCUGGACAUCGUCCAAGACUACGCCGAGCAAUCCAACGGCAGCUUCCCCAUCAUCACCCAGAACAGCGUCGACUUCGUCCGGUGGGUCGACGCCAAGCACAACCCGGACUUGCUCCAGCGCAUCAAGUGGGCCAACCUCAAGAGCGUCGAUCGCGCCAUCGAGAAACUUGCCAGCACCUAUGACUUCCACGUGUGUCGUCUGGUGGACAUCGUGCGUCAGUGCAUCGUGUUCGAGGACCUGGAGGACCUGACGCGCUGCCUGCAUGCGAUCACGGAGGACGAGCGGGUGGAGGUGAUGAGGGUGAAGAACCGGUUCGACGGGAGCUACGACCCGCGGCAGUCGGGAGGGUACCGGGACGUGUGCUUGAACGUGCGGGUGGUGACGGAGAGGACGAAGAGGCUGGGGGUAGCGGGGCACGUGUGCGAGCUUGUGCUUGCGAUGAGAGGGAUAUACGCUAUCAAGGAGGAGGCAGAGCACUCCCGCUAUCUUCGGUACAAGAAGACCCGAAGACAUCGCAGACUUGUUGAAUUCUUCAGGCAUAUUUUCAUGAUCCAACGGCUUCGGAAGAUAGGCAAGCUGAACAGAUUGGUCGUGUUGUUUUCGAUCGAUUGUAACUUCUUCCAGUACCUGAAGUCCUUGUUCGCGUUCUCGCGUGUAUCGAACAGCGAGGAAACCGUGGAGAUGGAGGUCAAAUCCGUCGAUUGCGACGAGCUGGACCGAACCGACGCCAUCCUGCGGCAAAGGUGCAGCUUUCCAGGAGACUUUCUGGAAGCGAGACUGCGAGAGGUCUGGUUUGCUGUCAAGAACGCAGGCCAAGCAAGUGUGCUCUUCACCAGCACACCAGUGACCCAUGCCUUGUACAAGCCAUGGUCCAAGCUACUGCUUGUCCUAGUCGGGGUGUACGCGUGUGUGGCUUGCUUCAGCCUGUCAUCAGAGUUUAGCAAGUCCAUCGUCCAUGAAAGCGCGAUUGCUGUGAGGAGUCUGAGGUUUCGAACGCUUGAGAUCGCGUCGACCGCGGAUGCGCAGGCGGUCGUGGCCCCUGGGAUCUCGUUGCUGGGUCUCAUGUGGAACGGCUGUGAAAUCCACGACUUGACGAGCUCGUCCUUUGCUGUGAAUGAGGACUUCAUCGUCACUUUCUCUAGCGAGCUGCGAGCUAACGGGUGGUUCUUUGCGCCUGUCCCGGUGGCUGGAGAGCAACCUGUGCGGUUUCAAGUGCUGGCGUCAGAGGAUGUGGCUCAUCGAGACAACCUGACUGAGGUCUCCUGGAGGGUCAUCGGUGCCUCCUCGUGCUCCUGGUCGACUGUCGUCCCUGUCUGCAUCCCCACGGAUCGAGAGAAGUUUGUUUAUGCCGAGCACAGCAUGGGCAAGCACUACGGUGUCGACCUGAGGAGCCCCUGGUAUCAAUCCAUCGGGACCGUCUUGCUCUACUUCCCCGUGUUCGUGCUGGCGUUCGGUAGCGCCAUCACGGCGAGCAUGGGGCAGCACCGGACGGCGCUUGGCAUGAUCGCAGCGUGCUUAUGGGUACCCGGCAUCAUGGAGCUGAUCACAGCCGUCGGCUAUGUGACGAGCAGCACAUCAUCGAGCUACUCGGUGUACUGGUGGGUCUUGGGGGCCUCGUCGAUGACAUUCGGGCAUGUCAUCCAGUAUCACGAAGAAUGGUUCAUGUUGUACGUGCCUUUCUACUUCACAGUGUGCUUCAUCGGGCAGGGCUUACAGGACUUGUACAUCUCAAAACUUCCGUUUCAAGUACCAGGAGGUCCCACGUUCUUGUUCGUUAUCUGGAUUCUUGUGCAAGUAAGUAGGAAGAUUGCAAUCAAGAGCUCGUGGAAGUUUAUCGAAGAGGACCUGAGGCACUACCAGAAGAUCUGGCACGAGAUCUGCGGCAGGCAGGGAGUGCAGGAUCAGCUCGCAUCGCUCGCCUCUCUCUGCGGGUCCAUCAACUCGUCUCCGCGGGCUGGCGUGCCUCUACAGGGAGUCACGCCCGUCGAAGCUGCCGAGGUCGUACCGGCGGGGAAGCAGGGAGGAGAGAGCGCGAUGCGAAGGUGGGCCUGUCGCUGCCGUGAGAUGCUGCCGAAGGAUGUGCUGAGAGAGCAGCCCAAGAUCACGCUUGACCAGCUGUACAUGCAAGCGAUGCUGAUGGAAGACGAGUUCAAGCUCUUGGUGCAGCAGCUUGCAGACAAGUCCAACGGCAGCUUCCCCAUCCUCGCCUCAGAUGACGACAUGCACUUCGUGCGGUGGGUCGACGCCAAGCUCAACCCGGACUUGCUCCAGCGCAUCAAGUGGGCCAACCUCAAGAGCGUCGAUCGCGCCAUCGAGAAGCUCUCGCGCUCCUACGACUGCGUUGUCGCGCGCCUGGUGGACAUCGUGCGUCAGUGCAUCGUGUUCGAGGACCUGGAGGACCUGACGCGCUGCCUGCAUGCGAUCACGGAGGACGAGCGGGUGGAGGUGAUGAGGGUGAAGAACCGGUUCGACGGGAGCUACGAUCCGCGGCAGUCGGGAGGGUACCGGGACGUGUGCUUGAACGUGCGGGUGGUGACGGAGAGGACGAAGAGGCUGGGGGUAGCGGGCCACGUGUGCGAGCUGCAGCUGGUGCUGCAGGAGUACAAGUCGUGGACGUUCAAGUUCAACGGGCACAAGCGAUACGUGGAGUUUCGUAACAGACGAUGCGAGUGA